UAUAAUUAUUUAUAUGCAAUUUUAUAAAUUUGUAAGUAUAAUGUGGAUACUGUAUCGUCGAUUUAAUCAUUUAUACAAAUUAACUGUUCGUAAAGAUAGUAAUAAACAGCUUUUUAUCGGUAUGAUGGAAAAAAAAUUAAAUGACGUUAAAGUUGAAGAUGCAAUAUCGAUGCAUUAUAAUUUAUUUACAGCAGCUAAAAAAUUAAAUAGUCUUUAUUCAAUUGAGCUGUUUUUGAUGGUAACAGGUCAUAUGACAAAUUUGGUUUAUCAAGUUCAUUCAUUAUUGGAACGAAUUAAAGACAACAAGGUUUUGACAUUUGGAAAUUAUUCCUGGCUGGGUAUAUUAUUUGCUUGUUUUCAUCUUUUUAUAAUAACAGCUUCUUGUCAUUUUACAAGCUGGAAAGCAAAUAAAAUAUCAGAAGAAAUUUUUUCAGCUUAUUCGUCAAUAAAUAAUACUGCUCAGGAUAAUUCAAGGUCAACCAUGUAUUUUCAUAAAAAAAAAUUAAAUUUUACCUCAUUGAAUGGACUUUUUAAUGUUGAUCUUCCACUUUUAAUGUCGUUGAUCGGGGCAUCAACGACAUUAUUGGUCGUGUUACUUAAAUGAUUUAAUAUUGACAUGUGUUUGGUAUGAAAUUGGUAACAUUUUUUGACACUAAAUAUGGCAUUGUAAGUUUAAAAUUGAGGUCAAUAAUGACAUCUGUAUUUUUUUCAAGUUCAAACUUAUUUUUAUACUUACCUGAUCGAUGUAAUUCAUUGAUUAUUCACAUGUACAUUGAUAAAAUGUUACAAGUUACUCCAAAGUAUAAUAAUUGUGUUGAUUGUAUAAAAUAGUAUAUCGAAACCUGUAAAAACACAGAGUUAUUGUUAGUAUAAAAUUUGAAUUCACAUGAUAAAAAUGUCAAGCAUAAUAUGUUAUUUUGUAUGUAUAAAAAAAAUUCUACUUAUAUCAAAAUACUGUUGAUCAUCUCCACUUUUAUUAUCAACAAAUUUGUAUCCAUUAUUAGAAAGGAUCAAAUAUUGAUUAAUAAUUUCUUACGACCAAGACUUGAAGACCAUCUUGCUGUAAUGAUUCUUCUUCUUUGUUUUCAUACUAAAAUCAUGUAAUUUUUUUCGCACAUUAUACUUUAGUUAUAAAAUUAUAAUCCAAUAAUCUAUUAUAAAAAUUUUUGUAAU